AUGUAUGCUGCCCAGAACAAAUUCAAGGAAGACCGAGGCCUCACCAAGGUCAAGAUCAUCCACAAUAAGAACUACCAGCGUCAUGGAACCAAGUCCUAUGUCCAUUCGUUGAACCGCUACCGUUUUGACCCUACUAAACCCGGUCCGUAUCUCCAUGUCGACAAGGUUAGAACACAUGGCCUCCUCCCUCAAGAGCUCAAAGCAGCACUUGGAGGCGUCGUCCACACAGAACGAACACUUGUCAAGAAAAACGAUCCUGGAGAUGACGGCCAGACCGCAGAGGUUACUGCUGAAGAUCAGCAGAACGACUCCAUGUAUAUCUGUGAAGUCGGAAUCGGCGAGCCAGUCCAGAAAUUACUACUAGACUUCGACACUGGUUCUGCUGACACAUGGGUUCGAUCGACCCUCGAGGGCAAGGCUGCCCACUCGGGUCACAGUGCUUUCGAUCCCAAGAAGUCCAAGACUUUCGUGAAGAUGUCAGGAAAGAAAUGGAAGAUCCAGUAUGGAGACGGCUCGACUGCUUCGGGUGAUUGUGGAAGCGAUACGCUUAUCAUUGGAAAUUUGGCUAUCAAGAAACAGACGAUUGAGUGCGCUGCCAAGUUAUCCCGACAGUUUUCUCAGGGUACAAGCGAUGGUCUCCUCGGUCUUGCUUGGGGCAAAAUCAACACCGUCACAGACUCUGGUGAAGCUGACCCUCAAGCUACUCCCGUUGAGAACAUGAUCAAGCAGGAUGAUAUCCCUAAGGAAGCCGAACUUUUCACCUCGGCCUUCUACAGCUCGCGUGACAAGAAUGCCGAAUCGUUCUAUACAUUCGGUUUCAUUGACCAAGAUCUCGUCAAGAAAUCUGGACAGGAUCUCCACUGGACCCAAGUUGACAACAAAGAAGGCUUCUGGUCCUUCUCAUCCGAGUCAUGCUCCAUCAAUGGCGAGAAGGUUACGUUGAGCGGCAACACCGCCAUCGCCGACACUGGUACUACGUUGGCACUCCUGUCAGACAAAGUGGUUGAAAAGUUGUACGAUCAAAUUCCCGGAGCUACCUACGAUUGGCUCAACCAAGGAUACAUCUUCCCGACUACUGUGAAAGCAGAUGAUUUACCAGAAUUCAAGGUAGCUGUUGGUGACCAGGAAUACCUGAUCCAAAAGGAAGACUUAGCUUUCGCUCUCACGGACGACAAGAAGAAUUGGUAUGGAGGUAUACAGAGCCGUGGCAUGAUGCCUUUCGAUAUCCUUGGUGAUACAUUUUUGAAGAGUGUCUAUGUUGUCUGGGAUCAGGGCAAUAGACGCUUGGGCCUGGUGCCAAAGAUUGAGGCAACUCAGAACCUCGAGCCGCCUCCAGAAAGCCCCGGUGCCGAUGGCACAGAGAAGGAUCAUGCCACGGACGAAUACCUCGUUUAAGGCGAUAUCGACUGGCAAGAAAAAGUUACUUUUAGAAAUUCGGAGAGUUUUGCGAUGUUUACCACGACAAUAUAUGCGCUCAUUCAAAUCCUACGAUAGGCGAACUCGCACGCUGGUUGAUGAUACAGAUUGAAGCAGGCUCCUAUUGACAUUGUCUCUCGCUUCGGGUUACUAAGCUAUGUUUCUGUUGGCGGCAAUUUGUUGGUACAAGAUGGC